CGGCUGAGCGAGCGGCAGCGGCUCCCCGAGCCCGGGCAGCACCAUGAGUGAGCAGAGUAUCUGCCAAGCACGAGCUGCAGUAAUGGUCUAUGAUGAUGCCAAUAAGAAAUGGGUCCCAGCUGGUGGAUCAACUGGAUUCAGCAGAGUUCAUAUAUACCAUCACACAGGCAACAACACAUUUAGAGUAGUGGGCAGGAAGAUUCAGGAUCAUCAGGUGGUAAUAAAUUGUGCCAUUCCAAAAGGGCUGAAGUACAAUCAAGCUACGCAGACCUUCCACCAGUGGCGUGAUGCCAGACAGGUGUAUGGUCUAAAUUUUGGCAGCAAAGAAGAUGCCAAUGUCUUCGCAAGUGCCAUGAUGCAUGCCUUAGAAGUAUUAAAUUCACAGGAAGCUGUGUUCUAUUUAGGUCCAACAUUGCCUCGACAAAAUUCACAGCUUCCCUCUCAAGUACAAAAUGGUCCAUCUCAAGAAGAAUUGGAAAUCCAGAGAAGACAGUUGCAGGAGCAACAAAGGCAGAAGGAGCUGGAACGGGAGAGGCUGGAUCGUGAGCGAAUGGAACGGGAGAGGCUGGAGAGAGAGAGACUAGAAAGGGAAAGACUUGAAAGAGAGCGUCUAGAACAGGAGCAACUGGAGAGAGAGCGGCAAGAAAGGGAACGGCAAGAACGCCUGGAAAGGGAGAGGCAAGAGAAGGAGAGGCAGGAUCGAGAAAGACUUGAACGACUUGAAAGGGAAAGACAAGAAAGAGAGCGGCAAGAACAGUUGGAAAGGGAACAGUUGGAAUGGGAAAGAGAGAGGAGGAUUUCAAAUGCUGCUCCAUCUUUCGACAACUCCCCGUAUAGCACUCCACUUCCUGAGUACUCCAGUUGCCAGCCUCCUUCAGCACCUCCUCCAUCAUAUGCAAAAGCAGUGGCAGCACCGAUGGCCGAGGCCAGCCCGGAGUACGCUGUAGUGACUUCUGCACCACCGACCUCCACUCCCCCUACACCGCCUCUUAGGCACUCGGCAUCGCGUUUUGCUACAUCUCUAGGCUCGGCUUUCCACCCCGUCCUUCCCCAUUACGCUACGGUUCCUCGUCAGCUCAACAAAAGUUCUCGGCCCCCUUCUCCUGUGAACGCCCCGGCGACUUUGCCCCCAAACGCAAAGCCCGUCGCCUGGUCCGCGCCCAGUUUUGCGCCCCUUCCCCCAUCUCCUCCAGUCAUGAUAAGCAGCCCGCCAGGCAAAGCUACUGGUCCAAGACCCGUCCUGCCAGUGUCGGCUUCGAAUGCGGUGCCCCAAACGCACACAUCUCCUACUGCUCCAAAUGGGCUUCCUGAAAGCGCGACUCAUCCAGCUCCUUCGCCUUCUACCUCAGGUCCAACUCCGCCUCCGCCACCCCCUCCUCCCCCGCUGCCUUCCUUUCCGCCUCUCUCACUCUCUGGACCUCAAGCUUCUCCUUCUCCAAACUCCCCUAAUGCCUCGACUCCCUCAUCCAAGCCUAGUGUUCUCCCUUCUCCCUCUGCAGCUACCCCUGCCUCUGUUGAGAACUCUCUAAACUCUGUGCUGGGAGACUCCUCUGCUUCUGAGCCAGUCUUGCAGGCAGCCUCUCAGCCGGUUGAACCUACGACCCAGCAGGGUGUUGUCCAAGGACCACCUGCACCUCCUCCCCCACCUCCGCUGCCCCCCGGGCCAGCUCAGUCCUCGGUAGCAGUCCCGCCGCCUCCGGGCCCUCCGCCGCCACCUCCGCUGCCGCCCUCGGGGCCGCCGCCACCGCCGCCGCCUCCUCCGCUYCCCAGCCAAGGGCCCCCCGUUCCUCCUCCACCGCCUGCCCCCCCUCUCCCCGCCUCCGGGUUUUCAGCGGGCUUUGUGUCUGAGGAAAAUCGCCCSUUAACUGGACUAGCUGCUGCACUUGCUGGAGCCAAACUUAGGAAAGUGUCACGGGGUGAAGAGUCCUCCAGUUCAAGUGGAGGAGGAAGCUCCGUUUCAUCUAAAGCGGACAGUGGCCGUGGGAAUGGGCCGCUCCCCUUGGGAGGCAGUGGAUUAAUGGAAGAAAUGAGCGCCCUGCUGGCCAGGAGGAGAAGAAUUGCUGAAAAGGGAUCAACAGAACCAGAGCAAAAAGAAGAUAAAACUGAAGAAUCAGAGUCUUCAACUUCUAAAGUUUCGUCAACAAGCACACCUGAACUAACGAGAAAGCCUUGGGAAAGAACAAAUACAGUGAAUGGAAGCAAGUCACCUGUUAUCUCCAGACCAAAAUCUACACCAACAGGGCAACCCAGUGCCAAUGGAGUACAGUCAGAAGGCCUAGAUUAUGACAGAUUGAAGCAGGAUAUUUUAGAUGAAAUGAGAAAGGAGUUAACAAAAUUAAAGGAAGAACUCAUUGAUGCUAUCAGGCAGGAACUGAGCAAGUCGAAUACUGCAUAGAAACACUAGUACUAAGCUGAUGUGACUCUUUAACUUGGUAUAAAACUGACUACAUUUUUUGUGAGCUGUUAGAAGAAAAUGGAGACAGACACUUGGAAGGAGGGAGAAACAACAUAUUCUGAAAAGCUUCAGACGCAUCACUCUGGUGAUAUGCUAUUUCCCUCCUAGUUUGCAGCUUUUUUCUGACCUUUACAGCAAGGUGGAAAAGAGUCUUAAAGUUACUGUAAUGAAUAUGCAGAAAUUCCUACACCUAUCAGACAAGAUCACAGUGCUUUGAAAUAUUCUCAUGUCAAGAUAAAAUUGCACAUGUUUCAGAAUUUGUUGUUUAAAAAAAAAGAAACAGGGAAAGCUUGGGAAGGCUUUUCAGAGAGGUUUUCUUUAUUAAUGAAGGAUUUAGCAAGUUACACUGUUGUACUUCAAAUGUAUCUCAGGUUUGUCUUCCUAUCAUAUCUGGUAUUUCCAUGAACAAUUUAAAAGAUCAGACAUGUGUACGUUCAGAUCCUAAAUAUGGAGCAAUUAGAAAUGUGUGCUUUUAAAGGGCAAUACUUGUAAGUGAAUGACCUAGACAGUGGUGACGUUUUGAGAUUUUGGAAUUUAUGAUAGGAAGCCUCUCUAGUUAGCCUUCAUGCAAUUUUAUAGGAGAAAAAAAAAGCAAAUACAGUCCAGAGAUUAAAGAUGUAGAUGCCUUCCUACAUUGUUACAAUGCUUUACCAAAUCUAAGACUUCUACAUAAUGCGAAUCAGCAGUCAAAUGUAAAUCAUUAGUAUGUUGUAGAUUUACGGUAGAUUUUGGGGCUUUUUUUAGAUUUAUGCAUGUGGACAUUUUUGUAAUGUAACACAACAGAGUCAGCUUUUUAAUUAAAAAAAAAAUUGCAUGUCACAAAUAUUAAGUAGCCUUUUCAUUUUUAAGGCUUAAUUUAUGCCCAGAAAAAUGCGGGAUAAGGGAGGGGAAAGGUGACACAUUUUUAUUACUUUCUACACUUUUUCUUCAUAUUACAUGCAUGUGUAAUAAUGAGGAAAACGUGACUUUUAUCAGUAACCAUGUUAAUGGAACCAGGUACUUAAUCCUUUUUGUAUCAUUUUUUUCAGUUUUAUAUUUGAAAUUCAGUAAUACUUCCAUAAGGUUUCUGAAACUCCCAUGUGAAUCCAACUUCUUGGUGAGAAAGCAAACAUUUGGACUUCUAAAUUACAAAGGAUGCACCUGUGUGAGUGCAGCAGCCC